CAGUGACCACUUUCCCAUCAUUUCUAGUCUUUAUGGAUGCACAAUCAGAUCAAAGCAUUUCGCUUUAUUGACAUUGUGCACUAACAAUACAGAUAUAAUCAUGUUUUUCUUUGGGUUUCAAUGAUCACAAAUAUUACUGAAAGCAUCAGGAACUCGAUGAAUAAGGAUCGACGUUGAAGACGCCUUUCCAGAGACAAAAUCUGCUUGACGUAUAGGUUAACCUAGCAGUUGCACUGGUCGAAAAGAAGCCCUAAAAAAGCCUCAGAAUGCCAGACACAAUGGAAGACGACAUGGGAAUGUCAGUUCGGCUGACGAACGAUGACUUUCGAAAGCUCCUGAUGACACCUCGUGCCUCGGUACCCUCAUCCACUCCAGCAUCCUCAAUCCCAGGAACAGCGAGGGAUGCAGCAGCAAAAACCGCGCAGACCCCAUCAGUGAGUGGUCCAGACAGAGCUGAGGCUCGACGAAAGAAGAAAAGCUACUACGCUAAAUUGAAGAAGCAGGAGGAGGACAAAAUGGCAGAGCUCGCGGAGAAGUACAGAGAUCGUGCCCGGGAACGAAGAGAUGGCAACAAUGGAGAUUACCAGGCUGAAGAUCCCAUGAACAAUGCCAAUGCAUACAGAGCGGUUGCGCCUGAUUUAAAGUCUGGAAUGGAUGCUGCCGAGAGGAGGAGACAGAUGAUCCAGCAGUCCAAGUUCUUGGGAGGUGAUAUGGAACAUACUCACUUGGUCAAGGGUCUCGAUUACGCUCUAUUGCAGAAGGUUCGAAGUGAGAUAGAAGCCAAAGAAACCGAGCAGGAGCAGGAGAUGGAGAAGCUGGCGAAGCCAAAAGACCCGAAGCCGAAGGAGGAGAAGAAGCCAGAGAAGAAGCCCGAGGAAACGCAAUUCAAAACGAAAAUUGGUCGCAACAUCCACAAAACGAUAAUGAUAAUGAAAUCGAAGACAGUCGAGCGAAAUGAGUUGUUUACACCGGGUCGUAUGGCCUACGUCAUAGAACUGGACGACGAGAAUGCCGAGGUGGACAUACCAACAACGUUGAUCAGAAGUAAAGCGGACGUGCCAACAGUGGACACGACGCCCACUCUGACGACCAAUGACAUUGUGAUCAAUAAAUUGGCGCAAAUUCUAUCGUACCUCCGCCAGGGCAGCAGACAUGGUAAAAAGGGCAAGAAAAAUAAGGACGGAAGGUCGAGGCCUGACGAGGGAGAACUCGAGGUAGUUCCAAGGCCCCCAGCCGAUGACAGUAUCUAUGGGGACAUCGGUGAGUAUGUGCCCAACGUUUCCAAGAGGGAGUCUGGGGUAUCGAGACGAGAAAAGAAGUCUUCCUACUUCACUAAACCAGAGCCAAGUGCUGUGGACGAUAAAGCCAAUGCCCCCCAGCUACCGGCCAUCCUGACAGCUGUAAUGGAGGCGGCAGGCACCUCGGGGCCUAAGAAAGGCGCACUGCUGAAUAAAUUGGCGGCUGAACCCGAGGGAUACGCUGAGUGCUAUCCAGGACUCGAUGAAAUGCAAGACGCCAUUGAUGAUUCUGAUGACGAGGUGGACUACACGAAGAUGGACCUGGGGAACAAGAAGGGACCCAUUGGACGCUGGGAUUUUGAUACACCUGAGGAGUAUAGUGAGUACAUGAAUAAUAAGGAGGCACUGCCCAAGGCCGCUUUUCAGUAUGGAGUUAAAAUGGCCGAUGGCAGGAGGACUAGGAAAUAUAAUAAAGAGAAGAAUGAGAAGGCUGAACUCGAUAGGGAGUGGCAGAAGAUUCAGAAUAUUAUGAAUAAGAGGAAACCAGCUGCAGGGGGAGAGGGCGCACCUGAAUUCAAAGUGCCUAGGUAUUAGGGGAUUCGAUACAAAGGGGUAGUCUGGGGGGCUGAGUUGGAGGAGGUUUGAGAUGAUUGUUAUUAGGAAUUUUUGUAAUGAGAAAUAAUAAAAUUAUAAAUUUGUGCCCGAGACGUUUUCGGGGGGAUUAUUAUUCAAUUUUUAUUUAAUUUUGGAUUUUCUAUCUUGUGGAGGCUCCUAGACAUAACGAUUGCACAACAAAAGUGAAUACCACAAUGAUUUUCAAAAAAUAAUUUACCUGGAACUCGAGAGAUUAAUUGAGACAAAAGAUGGAAAAGCUGACGAAUGUUUUGUGAUGAGAAUUUGUAAAAAUAUAUAAAUGCAUAAAAAUAAAUAAA